UUUUAUCAAAUUAUAGUAUAAUACAAAACCAUAUGUAUUUCUCUGAAGAUACUUUAACUCGUAAAACAAAUGAAACAAUUGAAAAAAGAUUGAAGUUUUCAAAGAUAGAAGAGAAUGGAAUUAAGAACAACAUUCAAGGUUUUGGACUAAAUUUUACUACUACGAAAUGGGAGGAAGCUAUUGUAAUUAUUAACAUUGUUAAUAAUGAGUUUAGAAGAAAGGGAAAAUUGCAUUAUGAAAAUUUUAAAAAAUCGGAAGAAGCUGCACAUUUGUUCAAAGUGAUAUGUACAAAUGUAACAUCUAUACCCAUGUAUAACAUUAUACAGACUUUACGAAUUUUAAUAAAGUGGAAUAUUCCACAGGAUACUGUACUAAUUCAAACAUUACUUCAAAGAAUACGUGCUUCUGUGAAUGAUUUGUCUGUUGCAAAAAUAAUGGUUGUGUACUACAUAUUGCAUAAUCUAAACAAGUGUCCUCUGACUAAUUCUUUAUUUAUUGCUUUGCCUCAUGUUUUUAAUAAUCAAGCACAAAUUGAACUUAAUUCAGAAAGUGUUAAUUUGAUGAAAGCUCUUAAAUUUUCUACUUUUAUUGGUGAUAUACAGACAGGAAGAUAUAUCUUGAGUAUUUUAAAUAAGAAUAUAAGAAUAUUACGAAUAGAAAACGUAAUAGACAUUAUCUCUGCAUUAGACUUAGAUUGGGUGAUAUUGAAACCAUACUUUAUUACAUUUCUAGCAGCUAUACAAAUGAGUAAGCAGACAAUGGCAUUUUAUGAUGAAGGUUUAAUAAAUGUGUUAGUUUCUGCUGUAUCAAAGAGUGAUGUUACCUUUCAUGUGAGAAUAACUGUUUUAAAGUACUUGAAUAAGAUGUAUUAUAGCAAUACUCCUUUCUUAAAUGAUUUAAUACAAGCAUGUUGUAACGAUACAAAUUACAUGAGAAACUGUACAUUAGAAGACAUAUAUUAUAUUACUAAGGCUUUUGUUAUUGCUGAUUAUGAACUUGGAGAAAAUAUGCAAACAAUUUUAAAAGAGCAUAUUAUUAAUCUAGAUUGUUCCACAAAAAGUAUAAUACCUGUUACUUUUCAUUUACUUUCUUUGAAUUGUUAUUGUCCAGAAUUUUUAGAAAGGAUAUUCACUUUCUACAAUAAAAUGUCAAUAAUUGAUAAUGAAACUAUACAAAAUAUUUUAAAAUUACAUUGGUGUAUUAAACUUCUUUAUCCUAGUUAUAAUAAAGUUAUGCUAGAUGAAAAUAAAUUAAAUAAAAUUGAAAAUAAAAAAAUACAUGAAAAGGAUAAUAUUUCUUUAAUGGAAAGGUUAAAAGAAGCUUGUGAAGGCGAUAAAUAUGUGAAAAGUGGUUUACAAACAAAAUGGGGGCAAUUUGUUGAUUGUGUUGUUGUUAUACAACCAAAUGGCUUUCUUAUGGAUAUUAGCAACUAUGAUAAUAUUACAUUUAUUGAAGAGUUAGCCUCACUGCCAGAAUGCAAUAAAAUUCUCUUUUUUAUCUUUCCAAAAAGAGCAUAUUCUGUCAAUGUAAAGAAUAUGUUAUCUACGGUGAAAGUACAAUUGAAAGCAAUAGAACAAUUGCCAGGAUAUUAUCCGUUUGUUAUAAACCCAUAUUUGUGGGAAAAUUUAUCUAAUAAAGAAAAGGUACUACAUCUUCAACAAGCUAUAGAACAAAAGUGUAAUAAUAUUUCAAAUAUUUAA